CAUCUUGGCUAACUUCAGUACAUUCUCCACUAUUUAUAUAUAUAGUGUUAUCUAGUUAAUAUACGCUUUCUUCUUCAUUGGUCAUAUACACGAUGGAUAAAAAUAUAUGAAUAGAAAGGAAAAGAAGUAAUGCAAGUAGAAUAGAAAAUAAAAUAUCACUUGGUAUGCAUAGCGUUACGAAUGUCGCAAACGCGCAUGUCACGUUGUUCUUGGUUACGAAGAGAGUUAACAUGCGCAGAGUGAAUAAAAACUUGUCGCUUGAUGAGUAUGAUCUUCCAUGAAAUGGAUGUAUUAUAUUUUAAUCAUUCAAAUAUGUUAUAUGUUUAAAGUCAAUUACAAAACUUCAGCGUUUUUUUCGCAAUGCCAUGUAUGGUUAGAAAAAUAAAUAUAAAUUAUUUUCAUAAUAUUUAGUGUCUGUUUAGUAUAAAAAGUUAAGCAUAAGGAUUGGUAGUCCUGUGUGUAUAGCAGUUGAUAGCAGUUUGACACUAACCACUCUCGUAGUCCUAUAUGAUGUAUUUACAUUACAAGUUAGAGAACGUAAUUUUUCUCUAAAUAUUAUCAGCGCUUUUCUCUACAUUAUGAAACGUUCGUAAUGGUAUUUUUAAGGAAGAUAACAGAUGAAAAUGGAGAAACAAAGCGAUCUUUUGUCAAGCAGGAGUGUAUUAAUUUUGGAUAUGAAGGUUCCUAUCCUGUUUUUACUUCAUCAUCUUCAACCUCUUCAACUGUCACACAACCUUUGCCAGGGCAACCACCAUUACCUCCAAUGCCUCCACCUUCUACUGGUGUUCCACCACCUCCCCAUGUAUUUGGACCAGUGCCUUCUCAAGUUACACCUAUACAAGCAUGGACACAUCCUCCUACACCAUGGCAAUGGAUAACACCUCAAACAUCACCUUUACCACCUCCACAUCCACGUGACAUGACUACAAACACGUUCCAAAGAGAACUGCCUCUAAGAGGUAACUACAUACGACGUGAAAGGUUUACUCAUAAUAGAAGCAAUAUAUAUGUUCAACGAAGUAACUUUCAUCGUAAAAAUAGACGCCUUGCACGGUUUGGACAAUCUCAGGGUCAGUUUGAUCAAGCAGCAUAUUUUGGCGCAACAUUGAGUAAUACUCUUGGUUUGGAAUGGCAGAGAAAUAAUUACACUGCAUCUACUGGUGAUGCUAUUAUGAGUCAUAUGCCUGUUCCUCUUCCUAAUCAUCCUCUACCUCCUAUACCUCCAGGGAUUUUAACAAAUAGACACGGGGAAGAAACAUCGGAUCAGGAUGUAAAAAUUGUGUUGGAAGAAGUUGUAGUUAAGAAAAAUAAGCAAAGAAAACCUAUGUCCCAAAGUUAUCCUAGUCGACCAUGGAAUAGAGAAGAUGCAGAAAGAGCUUUAAAAAUAGAAAAUGAAUACAAUAAAACAGUUAAAGCUCAGAGUUUAAUAAUAAAGUUUCCAGAUCCUGAUUUAAAUAAAGAUAUUGUUAGAGAAUUUCAUCCUGGUAUACAAAAUAUACACUUUCAAAGUCCCAGUGGUCCUAGAUACUGCUUUAUACAAAUGGCAGAAAGUGUUAAUAUCGACGAAGCUAUAAAAGACUUGGAAAAGAUACCUUUUGGGGUAGGCCAUUUAAAGGUUGAAAGGAAAUCUUUGAGAGAUGAGGAUAAUCCAAUGCCUGAGGAAAUAGAUCCUUACACAUUAUAUAUAGGAAAUUUACCAGAAUCUGUUAAUGUUAACGAAGUAAAAAGUAAAUUUCCUACAGCUGCUCGUGUAGAUGUCGGCUAUGCACAGAAGAUGAGAAAUACACGAUAUGCUUUCAUACGAUAUAAUAGUGUUGAUGAAUCUAUAUCUGCAUAUAAGCAAGCACAUGAUUUAAUGUGGGAUACCAGAAGUAUUAUUGUUAGAUUUAGGAGGCAGCGGGGUAAUACUUGUCUUCCUGGAGAACCUAAGCCUAAUGUUAAAAAAGUUAAAGAAGAAUUAACUAGUAAUUCACAAGUAAAAAAGGAACAGAAAGCUAAUCAUGUUGAUAAAAAUAUAACAAAAUCAGAUACAGAUGUAGAAAGUAGGUUACAAGAUAAUUCUAGUAAAGUACAGAAUAAAGUAUCGUCUCAGAGUCAGGAACAAAACACAAAUUUACAAUCUCCUUCGUCUUCUACACCAACCUCUAUUGCGUCGGUUAAAUCAGCGCAACAACAACAGCAGCAGCCAUGGACUGAUCAAUUACCUCAAAUACCUUCAGCAUCUGAAGCUCCUCCACCUUGUUCGUCUAACAGAGAAUCAGUUGGGGAAACGAUAAUGCUCACAGAAAUCAAAGAGGAACCAGAAGACUAUGAAGAAAUGGAAAUGUCUUGUAAUAUUAGAUCUGAUGAGGACAUAGAUGACGAUGAUGACGAUGAUGACGAUGACGAUGAUGAAGAAGAAGUAGACGAUUCAGAUGAUAACGAUGAUGAUAACGAAGAUGAUUAUGAAGAAGAAAAUGAUAUAGAAGACACGGAUGAAAGUGGAAGCUUAUUUAACGACAAACACAAAGAAAUCACGAAAGAUAAUGAACCCUCAGAUCAUCUUGACCAGAUGUUCAGCGAAUUGGAAAAUAUGGCUGGUGAUAUUGGAUUCUAAUACAUUUCACGAAUUUGUAUUUCUUCCGUAUUGAUCAAUCUUUGAUUUUUGAACGAUUUAAUACCAUGCAUAAUGUGUAAAUACCUCUAGUUUAAAAGUGUUAAGAGUGAGACUGCAUUUAUUUAAACGUAAUUCAGUAAUCGAGUCGUAUUUAAAUAUUUUUGUACUUGUACGUUUUUAUUUUAUAAAUUU